AUGGCGACCACAGAAGCGAAAGUUGCAAAUUGUGAAGAGAUCAUCAACCAUCGCUUCACGAAUCAGCUACUCUGCCUCGAGGCCUUACAGGCGUCGGGCCAUGUGUUGACGUGGAAAGGGAAAUUCAUCCGGGUUCAUAAGAACGACAGAAUGGCAGUCCUUGGGGACACCGUUGCCAAAUCAAACAUAUGCAGGCUUUGGUUCAGCACGGGAAGGAGCAAGGGCCAGUGGACCCAGGUGGAGCAAGCCCUGCUUGGGAAUGCGAACCUGACCGCCGUCGGUUUCAGGAACAAUCUAGAUCGAUGUGUCAUCUUGAAUCAAGGGACGACCGCGAUCUCUGACAAGACUAUGGCGACGACAGUUGAAGCGAUCUUGGGUGCGGUCUUCAUCGAUGGCGGAGCCGAUGUGCUUGGCGCAGUACUCCUUACUCUUGAACUGACUCAUCAGCUCCUUGAAGCGGUAACGUUGAAUCUCUUACCCCCUCAUAUUUGA